AUGGGGUCCAACCCAGCAGAGUUGUUUUUAGAAGGCAGACACCCCCCAGGCAGCAGACUUGCCAACCAUGAUCCUGGCUACAGACCCAGAAACAGCUUCAUAGCCCCUGUGGACUCACACCUCAGCCCCAUUUGUCCUUGGUUCUAUCACCAGCACCCUACAACAAGAGACCCGCGAGGAGUCAUGCCCACUUGUGCCUCAGACUCAAUCAUCUUUCCAAGGCCUUCUGAACUCCAAGCAGAAAAGCACCACCUGAAGCGUGAGUCAGAGGGAUCUCAGAAUAAGCAGACGUCCACUGCUGCCAAACAGAACAGGUCACAGGAAGCCCACGGCCAGGUAGAGCAACAGGAGAAGGAGCCAGGCCGAACUUGGGAAAGUCGGCUCACCUCUCUCAGCCCCAAUUUCUCAUCAUACCAGAGGCCUUGCAGACGACGACGCCCUGAGCCUCCCGCGCUGCGCACCUUGGUCAACUCCAUCAUGUUCUUUGACAUCGCCAUCCAGGGAGAGUCCUUGGGCUGCAUCUCCUUCGAGCUGUUUGCAGACAAAGUUCUAAAGACAGCAGAAAACUUUCGCGCUCUGAGCACUGGGAAGAAAGGAUAUGGUUACAAAGGUCCCUGCUUUCACAGAAUAAUUCUGGGAUUUAUGUGCCAGGGUGGUGACUUCACCCGCCAUAAUGGCACUGGUGGCAAGUCCAUCUAUGGGGAGAAAUUUCAUGACGAGAAUUUCAUCCUGAAGCAUAUGGGUCCUGGCAUCUUGUCCACGGCAAAUGCUGGCCCCAACACAAGCGGUUCCCAGUUUUUCAUCUGCACUGCCAAGACUGAGUGGUUGGAUGGCAAGCGUGUGGUCUUUGGCAAGGUGAAAGAGGGCAAGAAUAUUGUGGAAGCCAUGUGCUCUGGGUUCAGGAAUGGCAAGACCAGCAAGAAGAUCACCGUUGCUGACUGUGGACAAAUCUUAUAA